ACCCCUCCCUCCCUCCCCCUCCCUUCCCCCCUCUCUCUCUAAAAAUCCUCUCCUUUCUCCGUAGAUCGAAACAACUUCACCUUCCUCUUUCUUCGAAGAUCGCCUCCGAUUGCCCGAUACGAUUCUUUGAUGUUCCUUCGGUUCGAGGCUCAUCUAACCCAGUUUGUAACAACUGGGAAAAGCCUUUUGAUAAAUGGAGCUAAAUUGCAGUAGUUUCCUGGGCCUUCUUCAAACUAAGUUGAAUAUUUAUCUGGCUGUACUAGUGUCAGAGUUGCUGUUCAUACAUCUUGUUGCAUGCAGAUGAUAGUAGUUGAUUGCAGCUUAUCGAGGCUGCAUCAAGCAUGUCAACCAUGUUUUGGGUGAUGUUAUAUCGUUCAUGUCAUGAGAUUAGGAAUUUCUUGUAUUUCAUAAAUUUUCUGCUAUUUGCUAUCAGCAUCCAUUGCCCGCAAGUUAGUAAAGGGUACUGCAAAGCUGGUAUACAGGUUCGUGUUUGUGAAUUCUUGUGGAGUUCAGUGAGACAGCGGUGACUGUGCUCUGGUCAAAUUUCAGCUAUGGAAAGGUAUAGAGUUAUAAAGGAAAUUGGGGAUGGAACUUGUGGAUGUGUUUAUAAGGCGCUCAAUCUAGAAACAAAUGAGAUAGUUGCUAUCAAGAAAAUGAAGAGAAAAUUUUACUUUUGGGAAGAAUGCAUGAAUCUGCGCGAAGUUAAGUCUCUUUGUAAAAUGAAUCACCCCAACAUUGUCAAGUUGAAGGAGGUAGUCAGGGAGAACCAUGAGCUUUUCUUUAUAUUUGAAUAUAUGGGUUGUAAUCUUUAUCAACUCAUGAGAGACUGUCAAAAUUCUUUUACUGAGAGGGAGAUACGAAGCUUCAUGUCUCAAAUAUUGCAAGGACUUGCAUAUAUGCAUAAAAAUGGAUAUUUUCAUCGGGAUCUGAAACCUGAGAAUCUGUUGGUCACAAAUGACAUUAUUAAAAUUGCUGACUUUGGACUGGCAAGAGAAGUAAUGUCAAAGCCUCCUUAUACUGAUUAUGUUUCUACAAGAUGGUAUCGAGCGCCAGAGGUGUUGUUGCAUUCUUCGUCAUACACCCCUGCAAUUGAUUUGUGGGCUGUUGGUGCAAUUAUGGCUGAGCUUUUCACACUGUGUCCGCUUUUCCCUGGUGAAAGUGAAACAGAUCAGAUAUACAAAAUAUGCACUGUUCUUGGGACUCCAGAUAGCAGUAUCUGGCCAGAAGGGAUGGACCUUUCUCGAGCAGUAAAUUUUCAAUUCUUUCAGAUUCCGCCAGCCAAUCUCUCGGAUAUCAUUCCUAAUGCUAGCUUGGAAGCAAUUGAUUUGAUCCUGCAACUUUGCUCCUGGGACCCACAAAGGAGGCCAACUGUGGAGCAGUCACUACAACAUCCCUUUUUCCAUGUGGGAACAUGGGUUCCAUAUCCUCUCCAGGAUCCCUUUUAUCCAAAGAUAAAUGAAACUGGACCAAAGCCAAAGCUUGAGUUGAAUCUAUGGGAUUUUGGCACUGAAUCGGAUGAUUGCUUUCUUGGUCUGACGCUGGCUGUCAAACCUAGCAUUACCAAUAUAGAUGUUAACCUUGCCUCACAACAUUCAAGAGAGGAAUUCCUUUUUUGCUCAGGGUAUCAGGAAAAUCCUAGGCAUUCAGUCUUUUGGCCUCUGAUAUCUUCAAAUGAAAGCAUGAAUGAUGUACCAACUAUGCCUUCCUUAUCAUCAUCAUACUUGGUAAACAGCCAAUCCUCCCUACCAAAUGUUGGGGUUCCAGAGUCCACUGCCUUCACCUUCUCUUCACUGCAGCCAAAUUUGUUAGACGGCUGUUCAUUUGGACCAAUGAUGACCACUUCUUCACCCAUUCAGCAGGGUCAUUUCUUUGAAGCCCGAGAAGACAUCUGAUAAAGAUGGGUAGGCACAUUAUUUUCUCUAAAAACAAGUUUCAGAGGAUGAUUUAUGGAUAUUGCAGGCCACGAUACUCUUUUUUUCAAAACACAAACCUACCGGAGCCAUCUUGCCAUCAUGUCAUAAUCUUCUUUGGGCUGUGUUGAUGCCAACUCUGGAGUCACCCUGUAAAAUAUACUUGUGAAUCAUCCACAGAAACUGCAACUGACUUUUGUGGUGAAAGUAAAUUGGCACUUGGCUCUUUUGGUACCAGACCAUGAUGCUAUAUUUGAGGAAUGUUGUCGUCCGGUGCUCUAUUCAAAGAUGGAAGUAGCACCGUAGCAGAAUAUUCUUUCCCCCCUUUUGUUUGGGAGUAGCAGAAGUUCUAAAGCUUUUUGCAACUUUGGAUGGAAACCGUUUUAAGUUGUCA